GAAUAACUUAUGAUCACACGUAAAUACGGGUGCGCCAAUCUUUUAGCUUAUAGAUUAUUAAAACUAUCAAGAGAUGACAAAAGAAAACCGAAAACUGUAAACUCUGGAAUCUUUCUGUCUGGAGCAUAAAUAUAUAAAUAUAUGUAUAUAUAUAGGUUUUUCAAAUAAAUUUUGAAGUUAACACAAACUGGUCAACUUAACUACUAGUCUCGAAGUUCUACUCAACUGAAUAAAGAAACUGAAAGGCUGGUGUAACUGUAACAAACAGGAAGAAUAUUUAACAGAGUAUUAUGGAGAAAUUUAUUGAAAUAUUUUUAAUACUUGACACUAAUAAAAAUGGUGUAAUUGAGAAGAAUGAAUUGAUACGAUACUGUAAAAAAGAAGAUCUUGAUAUGCGUAUGGUGGAUGAAACUUUGAAAAGAUUCGAUACAGAUGCAGAUGAUAAAAUUACUUUCUUAGAAUUUUGCCAGGGACUUGGUCUAAAUCCUCAAGAAAUGGCAAGAGAAAAGAAGGAGAGAGAAAUGAUGGCAGACGGUAAAGCUCCUAAAAUAGACCCAGACAUCGAGAUCCUAAACAGUUCAAUGACAGUACAAAAGCAGUAUGAAAUAACAAGGAAAUUUAAAGAAAUAUUAAAAGCUAAAUACACAGAUGAAAAGUCUAUAAGUACAAUAGCUAAUGAUGUCAAAAAGUAUUUAGAUCAGAAAUAUGGUGGAUUAUGGCAAGUUUUUAUCAUUGAUGGAUCGUUUUGGUCGAAUUUCAGUCAUGAACCUUUCCUGUCUAUACAAUUCAAGUAUGAAAAUUAUCGUUGUGUAUUCUGGAGGAAUCCAGCUGAAUAAAUAUCAACAGGCAUACAGUGUUGAUAUAUUUCGUUGAAGAAAUAUGAAAAUAGCUGUGCUCCUGUUCAGUUAAAUAAGGGAUACACAAAAUACAAUUUUUCUCUGGUCACGUGAUAUUAUGUAAUAUAUUAAUGGUAACAUAUCUAAUAAAUGAGUAAAAUGUAUAAAGAAUCAGUGUCCUAUCUAUCACAAUUACAAAUUUUGCUGCUGUUAGAUUGUGUCUUUUCCUCGCUUAUACCACAAAACGUAAAGAAGAUAACCUGUGCAUUCCAUCACUGGAGA